AUGGAGAGGAUCAAAAGCUCAGGAGAUGAGCAACACAAGUGCAGCAUGAAGAAAAGGCUCCGCCGAGCCCUCCAGGACUCGCAGAGGGAGAUCCAGGAGCUGGCGGCUGAAAGCGCCUGGCUGAAGGAGCUGGAGGCUAAAAACGCCCGGCUGGAGGAGCUAGAGGCUGAAAACGCCUGGCUGAAGGCUAAAAACGCCCGUCUGGAGGAGCUAGAGGCUGAAAACGCCUGGCUGAAGGAGCUGGAGGUACUAAACGGCCGACUGGAGGCUGAAAAUGCCUUGCUGAAGGCUGAAAAUGCCCGGGUGAAAGACCUGGAGGCUGAAACCCAACGGCUGGAGAAGCUGAGGGCUGAAAACGCUGCUCUCAAAAAGCAGAUCACCAUGGAAAAUAUUUCCUGGGGAGAAGAGAGGAAGAAGAUGGUCGAGAAGUUGAAGUCUUCUACCUCACUUCUGUUGAAGUCCAAAGACGACCUGACCAGCUUGAUUCAGCUCGUGGAGUCUGAAAAAGCCCAAAAGAAGGAGCUGGAGAAGGAGCUCAGAAACAUGAACAUGAGCUUUAAAGUAAAAGAGGUCGAGGUCGUCUUCCUCUUUAAAGUAAAAGAGGAAGAGGUCGUCUCCCUGAAUGCAGACCUGAAGCUCCAGCAGGACAAGCUGCAGCAAUACAUCCUCAAAAAUGAGGGCAGGUCCGAGGAAAUAGAGGAGCUGAAUUGGAGACUUAGAUGAAAGGAGGUCCACCGAGCACGAGGAGUCCCUAGAAAAGGAAAUCAAGCUGGAGGACGCCAUACAACUCCCGAUCCAGCAGAACAUUGUGCUUCAGGAACAGGCCUUGAAGACUGACAGCUACAAGGAGAGGGUCAAGAAGGAGAAAGAGGAGAAGAA